CUCAGUGAUGAGUGGAGUUGACUCGCUCUCUGUCUAAAUCUUUCUCUCUAGAAAAAAUAAAUAAGAAAAUAUAUAAGCCGAGGAACUCCAAUGGGUUUGAUUCUCAGCUGAGCUUACUUUAACUUGUUUCUUUCUCAGUUUUAGAUCUGAGUCUUGAGUCUUAGGCGUCGCUCGCGGCUCUGCCCAAAAAAAAAAAAAAGAAAGAAAAAACCCAUAAAUCAAGAGAGAGUAAAAAAAAAAAAAAAAAAACCAAAGCUGAUCUAAAAAUCUUCCUUUGGUUCUCUUACUCUUUUAUCGGCUCUGAUCCGGCUCACUGUUUAUUUUCAGCGCCGAUCCGCUUCCCAAACUUCUUUUUUGUUUUUCUUUUCUCCCUCCAAAAAAAUUUUCCCUAUCUUUUUCUCUCUCUGAUUUUCUUUUUCUGAAUUCUCUUUUCUUAUUGUGAUUUUGUGGGAGAAACUCUCACGUUAUAGUUUCUUCUCUUCCUCAGCUAAGUUUCUAUUUUUGUUUUUUAUUUUUAUGGGGUUUCCUUGUUUGGAAUUGGGAGCUUUGGCAGGGAUGAUGUAGUUGGUGGGAGGAGUCUCCUCUUGGAGUUCUUCAUUUUCUCAUGAAUUUUGGGGCGGCAAUAGUGGGUGGAAAAACAACGACCCAAAUGGAGUGGGGUGUGAAUAAUAACACCUUCAAGACUUUCAAAGAUAUGGAACCAAAAUCUAUGAUGGACAUGGCAGUCAUUCCGAUUGAUCAGGUAGAUAUUGGAUUGGGUUCUUCAGAGAAGCCGAACGUUGUAAGUUCAGUAAAACCAAGAAAAAAGACGAUGACAUCAGUCUAUCUUAAGUUCUUUGAGACUGCUCCUGAUGGAAAAAGUCGCCGCUGCAAAUUUUGCGGACAGAGUUAUUCUAUUGCUACUGCAACUGGUAACUUGGGAAGACACCUUAGUAAUCGACAUCCAGGCUAUGAUAAGUCAGGGGACACUGUCACUAAUUCCACGCCACAGCCUGUAGCAGUAACUGUUGCCAAGAAACCUCAGUCACAAGCGAAAACAUCUCAAGUGGAUUAUGAUCAUUUGAAUUGGUUGCUCGUUAAGUGGCUUAUUGUAGCAGCUUUGCCUCCUUCGACAUUGGAAGAAAGAUGGCUAGCAAACUCCUAUAAGUUCUUGAAUCCAUUGAUUCAACUUUGGCCAGGUGACAAGUAUAAAGCAGUAUUUCACGAAGUAUUCAGGAGCAUGCAGGAAGAUAUAAGGGCAUCUUUGGUGCAUGUUUCUUCUAGGAUCUCCAUCACACUUGAUUUCUGGACUUCCUAUGAACAGAUAUAUUACAUGAGUGUAACAUGUCAGUGGAUCGACGAAAAUUGGUCGUUCCAAAAGGUGUUACUCGAUAUCUGUUACGUACCUUAUCCUUGUGGGGGUGCUGAGAUCUAUCACUCCCUAGUAAAGAUCCUUAAGAUGUAUAACAUUGAGAAUAGAGUCCUUUCUUGCACUCAUGAUAACAGUCAAAGUGCCAUCCAUGCCUGCCAUAGUUUGAAAGAGGAUUUGGAUACUCAAAAAUUGGGGUCCUUCUGUUAUAUUCCCUGUGCAGCUCGUUCUUUGAAUUUGAUCAUCGAGGAUGGGUUAAGAACGAUGAAACCAAUAAUCUCUAAGAUUCGGGAGUUUGUACUGGGGUUAAAUGCAUCCCCAGAAAUCUCUGAGGAUUUUAUUCAAUUAGCAGCAGCUUGUCAAGAAGGUAGUUGGAAGUUUCCACUCGAUGCUUCAGCACGAUGGAGUGGCAACUAUCAGAUGCUUGAUAUUGUCAAAAAGGCCAGCAAGUCUAUGGAUGCUGUUAUCAGGAAGUAUGAGGAGACGCUAGGCAGUAGGAUGUUACUGAGCUCUGCUGAAAAAAACGCAAUCAGUGUUGUCCAUGAAUAUCUGGAACCCUUCUACAAAACCACAAACAAUAUCUGCACAAACAAGGUGCCCACCAUUGGGUUGGUUCUCUUCUUCAUGGAUCACAUCUCCGAGAUGAUUGCUGCCUGCAGAGAAGCUCGUCAUUAUCCAGACUGGCUGAAGAAUGCUGCCGAAGACAUGGCCAAAAAGGCCAGGAGUUAUAAUAACCAGGUCUGCAACAUAUUCACUUACAUGACUGCAAUUCUGGAUCCUCGAAUCAAAGGAGAACUAAUUCCCGAGAACCUCAGCAAUGAGAAUUUUCUCGAGGAAGCACGAUCCCAUUUCAUAAGAAAUUAUUCGACUAGCCAUUUCCCAUCUAUGACUAGUGGAUAUGGCACUCAAGAUAUUGAAGAUGGGGGUAGUGUCUCGUUCGCAGAGGAAAUUGCACGAAAGAAACGAAGGGCAAGCAUGAGUAGUGCCACUGAUGAGCUCACUCAAUAUCUAUCAGAGUCUCCGGCUCCAAUACCAACGGAUGUUCUAGAUUGGUGGAAGGUCAAUAGUACUCGGUACCCACGACUUUCCAUGAUGGCUCGAGACUUUUUGGCUAUGCAACCAACUUCAUUGGUACCUGAAGAAAUAUUUUGUGGCAAAGGCGAUGAGAUCGACAAGCAGCGCCUCUGUGUGCCUCAUGACAGCACACAAGCUCUCCUUUGCGUCAGGUCAUGGAUUCUAGCUGGAAUGAAAUUGAAAUUCAAGUCAACUGAAAUAGACUAUGAAAGAUUAAUGGAAUUGGCAACAGCUGCUGCUACCGAUAACAGUAGAUUAGCUCAGAUAGGAAACAAAAGUAAGUAGAAAAGGCACAAAACUUGAAGAUGUACUCAAGAAGCUGUAAUUGUAACACAAUUGACCAUAAGCCAAGGAGGAUAUGACUACCACUGAGGUCACAUCUCCAUAUUGCUACUUUUUGACUUCCUCAAGUUGAGGAAUAAAUGUGUUCAUCAUUUAAAUAUUUAUUAUGUUGUGUAUGUAUUUGGUGAAGUUUUUCCAUAUUUGAAUGUACAUAUCAAAUUUGAGACAACCCUAAUCAGACAGGGAAGUAGUCAAUUAGUGCUAUUUCCUUAUUUGAGCGA